AUGGCGACCUUCCCGACUCCGCUGCGGUGGCUCAGCUUGGUGGGGCUCAUCUUGCUACACCUGGCCAACGGGGCAAGCUCCAACUUCCCCGACUACUCCUCCAACCUCAAGCAGGUCCUCUCCAUCUCCCAGGUGCAGCUCAACGCCCUCGCCUUCGCUUCCGAGGCCGGAAAGCUUCUCGCCUGGCUCUCCGGCGUGGCCGUGGUCCACCUACCUCUUUGGGCGGUGCUCCUCAUCGGCGCGGUUCUAGGGCUGGUGGGUUACAGGGUGCAGUUCCUCCUCGUUGGCGAGGGCCUCGCCUCCGCGUCGUACUGGCAGGUGUUCCUGCUGAAUGUCACUGGGGGGAACGCCGCCUUCUGGAUCAACACCGUCUGCUUCGAAGUGUGCCUGAGGAACUUCGGAUCAGAGGCCAGGGUCGCCUGGGGCUCUCCACGAGCUAUUUCGGACUAAGCCCAGUGGCGUACAAAGUCCUGGCCUACGCCUUUUUCCAGCCGCUCCCCCACCAGAAGGCGAGGGCGUACCUCCUCCUCAAUGCGUUGGUACCAGUGGCGAUCACCUUGUUGGCCCUGCCCAUUGCAAGGGUCGUCUUGUCGGAAGACGAGCCACGGUCUGGCGGAGGGUUUGUCCUGGUUUUCGCCAUAGCCAUGGCGAAUGGGGCGUGUGCUAUUUUUAGCAGCUUGUGGUCUACGUCGACGUGGACCAUGUGGAGCUUCGGGUGCCCUCUGGCGCCGUUGCUGGCCUUGCCGGCGGCCGCCAAAGUGUGGGAGCUUAUGGAGCGAAACGUCACCGAAGUGGGGGGGCCAGUGUUGAUAGCCAGACGGCGGAAGCCACUGCGCCGGCGGAGGCUGUUAAGAUGGAGGAGGGGUUGGCGGCGCCUGGAGGAUUGGAGGAGGCCACCGAGGAGCGGAAGGUGGCGGCAAGCGACAUGGUGAGGAUGCCGGAGUUCUGGCUGUACUUCGUCGGCUACAUGCUUGAGCAGACGGUGGGGCUGGUCUACCUGAGGAACCUCGGGCAGAUCGUGGAGUUCCGCGGGCUCUCCAAGACAUCUGGUGUGGUCUCCCUGGCCUUCGCCUUCGGGUUCUUCGGCCGCUACACGGUCUCCCUCGCGGACUUCGUUGACUUAAGGUAAAGCCUUCACCAUACGAUGACGCCUUGUCCUCCUCUAACCCUUCGCUCUAACCCAAUCUUCUUCCGACGCCCUCCCUUUCCAGGAAUAUGUACGAGGUGCCGAGGCCAGCUCUCAUGGCUGGCCUGACGGCGCCCAUGGCCGGAGGGUUCUUCCUACUUCUCAAUCACGGGAACGCGUGCCUAUACGCCGGGAGCGUGGUGAUAGGGACCUGCACGGGGGCCAUCACCUCCGUCUCUGCAACCUCGGAGCUCUUCGGGUCCGAGUUCUUCGCCAUCAACCACAACAUCGUCGUAUCCAACAGCCCCAUAGGGUCGCUCCUCUACGGCUUCUUCGCCGCGUUCGUGUACCGGAGAGGCGAGUCCAGCGAGAACAGACAGGGGUUUGCAUGGGAGCUCAGUGCUACGAGAGGACGUUCCUCGUCGGGACUUGCAUCCUCCACAUCCGGACGCGGAAGGCCAGAUCUGUGGGGGAUGCCGGAUCCCUGGGCCCUACGCGACAGCUUCAGUCGCCCUCCUACCCGACGGUACUGGUGGCGCAGAACGAUCCCGUGCAGCGGGGAACGGCAAAGCGUUAG